UUUGUUUUUGGUUUCAUUUUGAUUUUAGAGAUAAUGCUGAUUUCACAAUUUUUAUUCUACCUUUCUCUCAUAAUUUUUUUCUUUCUAAGAUUUUAUCAAUUUACCGCUAGAUGUCACACAGUGUUCCAUUUAAUUAGCAGAUUCAAUAUAACCUAUAAUGUUAAAAAAUCUUUGAAACACGUGUGUUUUUUAUAUAAUAUUUAUAAAAUAUAUUUAUAAAAUAUAAGACAAAAUGCAACACGACGAUGUUGUAUGGAGUGUUAUUAAUAAAUCUUUUUGUUCUUUCAAAGUAAAUACUAAAACACAGAAGUUUUGUCGUAACGAAUAUAAUCUUACGGGAUUAUGCAGUAGAGCAUCAUGUCCUCUUGCAAAUAGUCAAUAUGCAACAAUUAGGGAAGAAAAUGGUAUAAUUUAUUUAUAUAUGAGAACAGCGGAAAGAGUACACUUUCCAAAAAAUGCAUGGGAAAAGGUAAAGCUAUCUAGGAAUUUUGAAAAAGCAAUACAUCAAAUUAAUGAAAAUUUGCUCUAUUGGCCUGGUUUUUUAAAAGCAAAAUGUAAACAAAGAUUUGUGAAAAUUACACAAUAUCUCAUACGUAUGAGAAAAAUAAGAUUAAGAAGGCAAAAACAAAUUAUACCAAUUCAAAGGAAAAUUGAAAGAAGAGAAAGACGUAGGGAAGAAAAAGCUCUUAUAGCUGCAAGAUUAGAAAAAUCAAUAGAAAAACAAUUAAUGGAGAGAUUAAAACAAGGCAUGUAUAAUGAUAUUUACAAUUUUCCACAAAAAGUAUUUGACAAAGCUGUAGAAGCUGUAGAAGUUGAAGGUGAAAGUGAAAAUGAAGAAGAAGAAGAAGAAGAAAAAGAACUACAAAUUGAGAGAGAGGUAGAAUUACAAUUGGAAGCAGAUGAAAGAGAAAGAGAAACAAAUGAACCUUAUUUUGUAGAAGCAGAAACUGAUGAAGAAGAUGAUGACAAUGAUUUUAAUAUUGAAAAAGUAUCUAUGGAUCAGGAUAGUGAUUCAGGACAUAAAGAGGAAAUCGAAUUGUCUGACAAUUUUAUAUCUGACACGAGUGAUAUUGAAGAUACAGUAUCUAUAUUAGAUAAAAAAGCAAAGAAAUCAAUUAUCAAGAAAGCAAAAUUACAAAAGAAAACCCGUCCAAAAGUCGAAAUUGAAUACGAAAUGGAGGAAGAACCGCGUGAAAGAGUUUGAAUAUAAUAGAUCUUUAAUUAGGAUAAUUGUAAUUAUAUUUUUAAUAAAAUUACAAAUUAUUUUACAAUUUA